CGGCGGCGCGCGGGCGGUUGGUCCUGCGUUCGGUCUUCUUGGCUACGAGAUCCGGUUCCGUGCUUUCGGGGACUCGCGGGCGCCAGGCAUGGCCGGAGCCCCCGCGCCAGGCAGCAGAAGGCGGAGCGGGCCCCAGGCCCCUACUCCUGGCCCGCCGCCCGGCGCCCGGCAGCCUCCGAGCAAGCGGGCCCGGGGCGUCCCCGCGGCCGCAGCUCUGGACCCCGAGGACCCGUUUGGCCCUCACGAGGAUUUCACCGCGGACGACCUGGAGGAGCUCGACAUCCUGGCGUCACAGGCCCUGAGCCAUUGCCCGUUCGCGGCCCGGGAUGUGUCCAGUGCUCAUAAUGUGCCCAGAUUAGAUGGAAUGCCCAAAAAUUCUGCAGGCAAAAACAGAGAGAGUGUUCCAGUUAAAGAUAACUUUGAAUUAGAGUUACUUCAGGCCCAGUAUAAAGAACUUAAAGAAAAGAUGAAGGCAAUGGAAGAAGAAGUCCUCAUUAAAAAUGGAGAAAUUAAAAUUCUGCGGGACUCGCUGCACCAAACAGAAUCCACUUUAGAGGAACAGAGAAGAUCACAUUACUUUCUUGAACAGGAGAAAGCUCAAGCUCUCAGUGACAAAGAAAAGGAAUUCUCCAAAAAGCUCCAGUCAUUGCAGUCCGAACUCCAGUUUAAAGAUGCAGAGAUGAAUGAAUUAAGGACAAAGCUUCAAAGCAGUGAACGAGCAAAUAAACUAGCUGUUCCCUCCAUCUCCCAUGGCAGUCCUAGGAAAAGCCCUUCUGUGGUUCCAAAGCCAGAAGCAUGUUCUCCACAAUUUGGAAAGCCAUCUUUCCCUACAAAGGAGUCUUUCAGUGCUAACACGUCCCUUCCCCUCCCCUGCCAGACAGAGCCCGGAUACAAGGCGCUGGCGGGCAGAGAGGUUUCAGAAAAUAAAACCCACAAUCUGGGAGGUGACCCCAUAAAGCAAGAAGAGUCUGAAAAAUGUCUUGUGGACAGCCUGAUGCAGACAUCAAACACUCGAGGUUCCAUCUUGAUAGCCCUUCUUCUGAAGCAGCCUUUGGUCCCAGGGUCGUCUGUUGGGCUGUGUCACCUCCUGAGCAGUGGCUCCGAGGCUCCCACCGGCGCCCUCGCUCAGCCACUGGGGUUUGGCAGUACCUUAACUGGGAUUUCAAGCCUCAGGAGCACAGGUUCUCGCGAUGGGUCAUUUCCCCUCUCGGACCUUAGAGAAGCCCAGAACCUGGCACUUACUGGACUGAAUAUGAUCGCCAGGGAUGAAGGCUCGUGUGACGGGGACCCAGCCGAGGGGGGCAGGACGGCGUUCCCACUCUGCCAGUUUCCUGGAGCUGUGCAUCUCCUGCCCCUGGUGCAGUUCUUCAUCGGCCUACACUGCCAAGCCCUGCAGGAUUCGUCAGUCGCCAAGAGGAGCGGGAUCUCUGGGGACUCACCAGCGCAGUCUUCCCGCGUGAGCUCCAGGGUAGAAGCCAGUGCUGAGGAUUCGCUCUGCCACCUGGAGAACCUCUGUGUGGCCUCACUGAGUGUCCUCCAGCACCUGGUGUGCCACAGCGGAGCCGUCGUCAGCCUGUUACUGUCAGGAGUGGAGGCCGAUUCUGCUGCUGGCGAGGGAAACCCCAGCCUGGCUUCCCUUGGGGCUGGGACAUCAACCCCUGGGGAGCUUGCCGACCACCAAGACCAGCAUCCGCUUCUGAAGAUGCUUCUCCAUCUGUUGACGUUGUCUUCUGCAGCACCAGGUCACCUUCAAGCCAAUGUCCUCAGCCAGUGCCUGCAGGUGUUGGUGAAAUCAGCUGAAAACUCUCCCUUUGACCUCUUGCCCAGGCAGCGAGCAUGUCCUCAGGUGAGGAUUAAAAAGAGAAACCGGAAACCACUGUGGUAUAUAAAGACGGAUGUUGCAUGCAGGUUCCAGAGCGUGUUCCCCAUGCUGCCGCGGUGCCUCGGCCCAGAGACGCCUCUGCCCAGUGUGCUGCUCACCGUCGAGCUCCUGUCCCUCCUGGUGGACCGCGGGGAUCUCGUGCCUCAGCUCUGCUCCCACUCAGAGGGGUGCCUCCUCCUACUGCUGUAUAUGUACAUCACGUCGAGGCCUGACAAAGCAGCCUUGGACAGACAGUGGCUGCAACUGGAACAGGAGGCCGUGUGGCUCCUGGCUAAGCUUGGUGUGCAGAGCCCCUGCUCCCCGGUUACUGGCUCCAACUGCCAGUGCAACGUGGAGGUGGUCAGAGUGCUCACUGUGAUGCUGCACAGGCAGUGGCUGACAGUGCGGAGGGCGGGCCGGGCCCCCUGGACCGCGCAGCAGAAGCGGACGGUGCGCUGUCUGAGGGACGCGGUGCUGCUGCUGCACGGCCUGUCCCAGAAGGACAAGCUCUUCGCCGUGCACUGCGUGGAGGUGCUGCAUCAGUACGACCAGGUGAUGCCCGGGGUCGGCACGCUGAUUCGAGCGCUUCCAGACGUGACCGACUGUGAAGGUGAGCUGGCAGGAGGCACCUGCCCUACCCCAGCCCACCUGUGGUGUUUUCCCUGAAGUUCAAGGACAAGGCAGACUUGCUGGUGCAGUCCUCCAUCCUCCACAACCUUGGCCAGCACUGGGUUUUUAAUCUCCCUGCUCCCAUUCUCUGAGCGUGUCCAGUUGCCUUUUGCUCCUGUCUGUUGGGUCGGCCCAGCAGAGCCACGGUUUUUCCAGAAACAUCCCUGUCUGAAUUGCCUUUGUAUCACUUUGCUUGCAGUAGCUGAGGGAGCAAGGCCUGGGCGUGGAAGGGACUGGUUAGUUACCGUGAGUGUGGGGGAGGGGAGGGAGGCCGUCCCCC